GUCUGGUUAUUUUCUCAUUUUGUCGCCUCGCAAGAGCAGUCACGACUGCAGCUCGGAUAAAGGAGCCGGAACGGUGGACUUGGCCCCCGAUGCGCCCGUGGAUCACCAGGUACAGCCCCGAGUGGCGUCGUGGGAUGACCACAUCGUCUUGAUCUCGUCCAUCUCAUGAAGGAGCAUGCGUCGCCAUGAUGUUAUACAACCCUCCUGAUGGACACGAAAGGGCAGAUUGGUACGUAGUUGUGGCAAGCCUUGAGUCGGAUGCUGCGGAACGGUGUUAUCAGGUUCGCGUGAGACAAUGAUGUCAUGGCCAACAUCCAUUUAAAAUCAGUAAUUUAGGAGUGCGACUGACUAUGGUGAUUGACCUGACCUGAAAAAGACAUCUCAUAAGAAAUCUCUGUUCCACAACAGCACACACUAUCUGCGGUACAUCAGGGUUCAGCACCAUGGUCUACAACAUCACCGAGAAAGAGACCCAACCGACGGUAUGGAGCCACAUCAACGGCCCCGAGUCGGCCAUGCUGGACCGCUACUGCGUGUCCGAGCUGUGCAAGGGCUGGCCCGUGUACCGCGACGCCUCGGAAUGGAACCACUACCGCGAUCUAUUCGUCAAGGACGGCGCGUUCGUCUUCACCACCUGGAGCGGCGGCCUCCCAAUCGACGACUUCAUCUCCGUAUCCAUCAAAGGCCGCGCAAACGGCGACCACAUCAUGCACCGCGAGAACGGCACGCUGGUCGACCUCAACCCCUCCACGGGGCGGGCGAUCGGCAAAAUGAAGGCCACAAUCACCCAGCGUUUCUCCUGGGACGGCGUCGAGUUCGACGUGGACUGCGACUGCCGUUUCAUCAACUUCUGCGUCAAGCAAAACGGCGAAUGGAAGGUGGUGUACAUCAAGCUAUUCUACGAGAAGGACCGAGUGGCGCCCGCGGACGGACACACGGUGCCGACGUUCGACGCGGCCGAGCUGGAGAGGUACCCCAAGGGGUAUCAGUAUCUGGCGGUGGCGCAGGCGCGACUGGGACAUCCGAUCCUGGGGGACCUGCCGACGAUGGAUAAUGAGGCGUUCUUUGCGCUGUAUCGGGCGAUGGAUGCGUGGCUGGAGGGGAGGGCUGUGGGGGAUUUGUUGGGGAUUCCCAGGGACGCGGAGCCGAGGUAUUGA